AUGUUCGUCUUUGCACAUAAGACAGACACUCCCAUCAGCACCUACACAGACUCAUUCCGAGUGCCCUGCCUGACCAAGGAGAGCUACCGGGAGCCCUCUCUGCAAGCGUGGAGUGCAGAGAAGCCGCUAUCCAAGGGCUUGACAGUGCCCAGAGUAGACAACCAAGUGGAUCAAGCACAUCUGGAGAAAAUGGUGAAGAAAGCAGUUCAGGAAUACACGUACAAGAAUUCUACGGAACCGACAGCUUAUCGGCCAUACAAGUACUGGGUGACUAGGGAAGAAGAAAAAUACAACCCAGUCUUUGUUGGUGAUGAUAGGUAUGCAACGUGGAGAAACGGGCCCUACAACAGCGCAACGUGGAACAGAUACACCACCUACCUUCCACGGAUACCCAGGGAUGCCGGGAUGCAGGCCGUACUUCGCGGGAUGCCCAUGCAGUACCCUCCGAAACCAGAGCGUCUCAACAGUUACGAGCGGGAAGUCGUGGUGAACAUGCUGAACAGCUUGUCGCGGAAGCAGCUGCCGGCUAUCCAGCAUCGGCACACCAUCCCGGGCAGGGUGCCAUACCAAGGGUACUACAGCCCCUGCACUGGCCGCCACUACUGCUUGCGAGGGAUGGACUACUACGUGGACGGAGCACCCAGCAACGAGCAGCAGAUCAGCCAAAUAGUUGAGAAGAUUGUAAGGAAUUUCCCGUUAUACGACAGUCAGCAAGAGAUGAUGCUAUGCGCACGUAUGCCCGACCCGCCACCCUCUUUCCCAUAUAUGAACCUUAGGUGGGAUACAAGUCAUUUCAAGAAGAGUGGAGGGACACAAAGGGACAGCUAUAUAAUUCAUCCGGAGUUUGUUUCGGAGUCCUAUCCAGCCCCGCCAUGUUGGUGGUAG